AUGCCAACACCGAGUGCCACUCGCCCCAACUCGAUCACCGAGGUGAUCUCCACCCGAACGUGUCCGCCAGAAUUGGAUCGUCUCUCGGACGGAAGAGGCACUCCAGAUUCCCUGGUCUCCCAGGGCGAGACUGUUGACGAUGCUCUUACGUCAAUCGGUGCCUUAGCACCCUCCGCGCUGCGUCGCUCCGACGAUGGCAGCGCGCUCUCGACAUCUGACCCGCUGAGAGUGGAGAGCAAGACAAGCGGCGCUCCCGACGACGACACCGCAUCACGCGAGCGAUCGAUUUCACCAUGGGAUCGCAAUGCUGGCGACCAAUCGUCAGUAACACCCUCCAACUCCUCGCUGCUGCGGUACGAAUUCUCUAAUGUUCGGCUCCUGCCGAACUACUCGUCGUCUUUCCUUCGCUCCGGUAGCAAAUUUGUCGGCAAACAAAUGUCCGAUAAACAAGAAUACAAUGUGGAUGUGGAAAUCAUCCACGUCGACAUGGCUGAAUCAUAUUUAUGCGGUUAUCUUCGCAUUCAAGGUUUGACUGAGGAUCACCCUACCUUAACCACCUUCUUUGAAGGGGAGAUCAUCGGAACCAAGCACACAUUCCAGACCCGAAACGAGCAAUGGGGCGCCAAUGAGAAGAUAGACAUCCACCAUUGGUCCCGGUUUCCCGCCUGGAAACCGCUAGCCAAACAGGCCAAGCGAACAGAUUUCACAUAUCGCAACUUUGCUCAGCGUGAGCACGUGUUCAUGAGAUGGAAAGAAUACUUCCUGGUUCCCGAUCAUCGCGUGCGAACGAUCUCUGGAGCUAGCUUUGAAGGGUUCUAUUACAUAUGCUUUAAUCAGAUCGAGGGAUCUGUAAGCGGCGUUUACUUCCAUGCGAAGAGCGAGCGAUUUCAGCAACUUGAACUGAAACACGUUGAAGAUCAUGGAUGCGCUCCAGCAGUGGAGUUCCGCUAG